UGUUAGAUCUGGCUGUCCCCUUUCCAGUUCUCUCAUUCUUUCUAACCCUUCCCUCUCCCUACCUCUAACCCCUCUGGCUCAUUUGGGCUCAUGCCCUCCUCCUUCUUUCUCCAGCUGGCAGUGGGGGCUGCUCAGCCUCCCAGAUCCUGUGGACCUGCUCUGUCAGCUGCGGCCCCCUGCGGACGGCAGCCUUGCUCACUGUUAGGAAGUGCCACUCUGUGCCGAAUGGCAGAGGCAGCCGCAUCCCCGCCAGCGGCGAUGGAGGCCACCAGCGACGCUAUUGUUCCCUGGUAUUAGACUUGCUUUACCUCCUUUUCAUCUGCAAGAAACAAUAGCGGGGGAGAGCUUUGCUUUUUAUACUCCUUGGGAGGACAUUCCGAUGGCAAAACUCCUUGCCAACCGAGUUCUGGAUCAAGAUCCAGGAGCAGUUGCUAGCAACAUGGAGCUGCAGGAGAAGAUCUGGGAAUCCCGGAGCCAGGGCGUUCUGCAGCUGCUGCCUCCUCUGCUGCCUCUGCCUUUGCGGCUGCUGCUGCUGCUACUGGGCGUCUGCGGGGCUGCGGCCCAGGGCGAGGCUGAGGUGCCUACCCUCUAUCUGUGGAAGACUGGUCCUUGGGGUCGAUGCAUGGGAGAUGAAUGUGGUCCAGGAGGCAUUCAAACCCGGGCUGUGUGGUGUGCUCAUGUAGAAGGAUGGACAACAUUACAUACAAACUGUAAGCAGGCCGAGAGACCCAGUAACCAACAGAAUUGUUUUAAAGUUUGUGACUGGCACAAAGAGUUGUAUGAUUGGAGGCUGGGACCUUGGAAUCAUUGCCAGCCUGUAAUUUCCAGAAGCCUGGAAAAACCACUUGAGUGUAUUAAAGGGGAAGAAGGCAUUCAAGUAAGAGAGAUAACAUGCAUCCAGAAAGAAAAAGACAUUCCUGCAGAGGAUAUCAUUUGUGAGUAUUUUGAGCCCAAACCUCUCCUGGAACAGGCCUGCCUCAUACCCUGCCAGCAAGAUUGCAUUGUAUCUGAGUUUUCUGCUUGGUCAGAAUGUUCCAAGACUUGUGGUAGUGGGCUCCAACACCGCACACGACAUGUGGUGGCACCUCCACAAUUUGGAGGCUCUGGUUGCCCAAACCUGACAGAAUUUCAGGUGUGCCAAUUUGGUCCAUGUGAAGCUGAAGAGAGCAUGUACAGCUUGCAAGUGGGUCCCUGGAACACAUGCUCCAUGCCCCACUCAAGACAAGCAAGACAAGCAAGGAGACAAGGAAAGAACAAAGAACGGGAAAAGGAUAGAGGAAAAGGAGUGAAGGAUCCUGAGGCCAGAGAACUUAUCAAGAAAAAGAGAAACAGAAACAGACAGAACCGACAAGAGAACAAAUAUUGGGACAUCCAGAUUGGAUAUCAGACCAGAGAAGUUAUGUGCAUUAACAAGACAGGGAAAGCUGCUGAUCUGAGCUUUUGCCAGCAAGAGAAGCUCCCAAUAAACUUCCAGUCCUGUGUAAUUACCAAAGAAUGCCAAGUAUCAGAAUGGUCAGAAUGGAGUCCCUGCUCUAAAACCUGCCAUGAUCCAGCAUCCUUGAAAGGCACUCGUAUAAGGACAAGGAUCAUCAGGCAGUUUCCUAUUGGUAGUGAGAAAGAAUGCCCACAACUUGAGGAGGAAGAACCCUGUGUAUCUCAAAGAGAUAGAAUUGUUCCCUGUGCCACGUAUGACUGGAGAACUACCCAGUGGACAGAGUGCAGGGUAGAUCCUUUGCUCAGUCAGCAAGACAAAAGGAGAGCCAACCAGACAGCCCUCUGUGGAGGAGGAGUCCAGAACCGUGAGGUGUACUGUAUACAGACCAAUGAGAACCUCCUCUCUCACUUAAACUCCCACAAGGAAAAAGAAGCCUCCAAACCAGUAGAUGUGAAAUCAUGCACUGGACCUGUUCCUAAUACUACGCAACUGUGCCACAUCCCUUGUCCUGUUGAAUGUGAGGUUUCACCCUGGUCAGCCUGGGGACCUUGUACUUAUGAAAACUGUAAUGACCAGCAGGGUAAAAAAGGUUUCAAAUUAAGGAAGCGACGCAUUACCAAUGAGCCCACUGGAGGCUCUGGGGGCACUGGGAACUGCCCUCACUUACUGGAAGCCAUUCCUUGUGAUGAGCCAUCUUGCUAUGACUGGAAAGCAAUAAGGCUUGGAGACUGUGAACCAGAUAAUGGAAAAGAGUGUGGACCGGGUACUCAGGUUCAAGAGGUUGUGUGUAUCGACAGUGAUGGAGAAGAAGUUGACAGAAAGCUGUGUAGAGAUGCCAUCUUCCCAAUUCCUGUUGCCUGUGAUGCCCCUUGCCCCAAGGACUGUGUGCUCACCACAUGGUCUCCGUGGUCUUCUUGUUCACACACCUGCUCAGGAAAAAUCACAGAAGGGAAGCAAAUACGUGCAAGGUCCAUUUUGGCCUAUGCUGGAGAGGAAGGUGGAACUCAGUGUCCAAAUAGCAGUGCUUUGCAAGAGGUGCGCAGUUGUAAUGAUCAUCCCUGUACUGUGUACCACUGGCAAACUGGACCCUGGGGCCAGUGCAUCGAGGACACCUCAGUAUCAUCCUUCAACACAACUGCAACAUGGAAUGGGGAAGCUUCCUGCUCUGUGGGCAUGCAGACAAGAAAAGUCAUCUGUGUGCGGGUCAAUGUAGGCCAAGUGGGACCCAAAAAAUGUCCUGAGAGCCUUCGGCCUGAAACAGUGAGACCCUGUCUGCUUCCUUGUAGGAAGGACUGUAUUGUGACCUCAUACAGCGACUGGACAUCAUGCCCCUCCUCUUGUAAAGAAGGGAAUGCAGGAGUCAAGAAACAGUCGAGGCACCGGGUCAUCAUUCAGCUACCAGCCAAUGGAGGCCGAGACUGUACAGAUCCUCUCUAUGAAGAGAAAGCUUGUGAGGCCUCUCAAAUGUGCCAAAGAUACAGGUGGAAGACUCACAAAUGGCGCAGGUGCCAAUUAGUUCCUUGGAGCACACAAGAGGACAGCCCUGGGGCACAGGAAGGCUGUGGUCCUGGACGACAGGCAAGAGCCAUUACCUGUCGAAAACAAGAUGGAGGGCAGGCUGGCAUCCAUGAAUGCCUCCAAUAUGCAGGCCCUGUGCCAAUACUCACACAAGCCUGCCAGAUCCCCUGCCAAGAUGACUGCCAGUUUACCAGCUGGUCCAAGUUUUCUUCAUGCAAUGGAGACUGUGGUGCUGUUAGGACCAGAAAACGUGCUAUUGUUGGAAAAAGUAAAAAGAAGGAUAAAUGCAAAAAUUCUCAUUUGUACCCCCUGAUUGAGACUCAGUAUUGUCCUUGUGAUAAAUAUAAUGCGCAGCCUGUGGGAAACUGGUCAGACUGCAUCUUACCAGAGGGGAAAGUAGAAGUAUUACUGGGUGUCAAAGCACAAGGAGACAUCAAGGAAUGUGGUCAAGGAUAUCGUUAUCAAGCAAUGGCGUGCUAUGAUCAAAGUGGCAGGCUUGUGGAAACGUCCAGAUGUAACAGCCAUGGUUACAUUGAGGAGGCCUGCAUAAUCCCCUGUCCCUCAGACUGCAAGCUCAGUGAGUGGUCCAACUGGUCACGCUGCAGUAAGUCCUGUGGCAGUGGUGUGAAGGUUCGGUCUAAAUGGUUGCGGGAGAAACCAUAUAAUGGAGGAAGGCCAUGUCCCAAACUGGAUCAUGUCAACCAGGCACAGGUAUAUGAGGUUAUCCCUUGUCAUAGUGACUGCAACCAGUACAUAUGGGUCAAAGAACCCUGGAGUAUCUGCAAAGUGACCUUUGUGAACAUGCGAGAUAACUGUGGAGAGGGUGUACAGACCCGAAAAGUAAGAUGCAUGCAAAACACAGCAGAUGGCCCUUCUGACCAAGUGGAAGAUUACCUCUGUGACCCAGAAGAGAUGCCUCUAGGCUCUCAAGAGUGCAAAUUACCAUGUCCAGAAGACUGUGUGAUAUCUGAAUGGGGCUCAUGGACACGCUGCACCUUGCCUUGCAAUCAAAGCAGCUUCAGGCAAAGGUCAGCUGAUCCCAUCAGACAACCUGCUGAUGAGGGAAGAUCCUGCCCUGAUGCUAUUGAAAAAGAACCCUGUAACUUGAACAAAAACUGCUUCCACUAUAAUUAUAAUGUAACAGACUGGAGUACAUGUCAGUUAAGUGAGAAGGCAGUUUGUGGAAAUGGAAUUAAAACAAGGAUGCUGGAUUGUGUUCGAAGUGAUGGCAAGUCAGUUGACCUGAAAUACUGUGAAGAGCUUGACCUGGAAAAGAACUGGCAGAUGAAUAUUUCCUGCAUGGUCGAAUGCCCUGUGAACUGUCAGCUGUCAGACUGGUCUCCUUGGUCAGAGUGUUCUCAAACAUGUGGCCUCACAGGAAAAAUGAUCAGAAAAAGAACAGUGACUCAACCCUUUCAGGGUGAUGGAAGACCAUGCCCCACCCUGAUGGAACAAUCCAAACCUUGUCCAGUGAAACCUUGUUAUCAGUGGCAAUAUGACCAUUGGUCUACAUGUGAAAUCCAAGAUGCCCAGUGUGGAGAAGGCACCAGAAAAAGGAAUAUUUCUUGUGUAGUGAGUGAUGGCUCAGCUGAUGAUCUCAGCAAAGUGGUAGAUGAUGAGUUCUGUAUUGACAUUGAACCUAUUAUAGAUGGUACCAAAAAAAUAAUUCUUGAGGAAACCUGCACCCAACCUUGUCCAGGUGACUGUUAUUUGAGUGACUGGUCAUCAUGGAGCCUAUGUCAGCUGACCUGUGUGAAUGGCGAAGACCUAGGCUUUGGUGGAAUACAGGUCCGUUCCAGAGCAGUGAUAAUACAAGAACUAGAGAAUCAGCAUUUGUGUCCUGAACAAAUGUUAGAAACAAAAUCAUGUGAUGGUGGACAGUGUUAUGAGUACAAGUGGAUGACUAGUGCUUGGAAAGGAUCAUCCCGAGCAGUCUGGUGUCAGAGGUCAGAUGGUAUAAAUGUAACAGGGGGCUGCUUGGUGGUACGCCAGCCUGAUGCUGACAGGUCUUGUAAUCCACCAUGUAAUCAACCCCACUCAUUCUGUAGUGAGACAAGAACAUGCAGUUGUGAAGAAGGGUACACUGAAGUCAUGUCUUCUAAUGGUACACUUGAGCAAUGCACACUUAUCCCUGUGGUGGUGAUACCCACCAUGGAGGACAAAAGAGGAAAUGUAAAAACCAGUCGGGCAGUACAUCCAACCCAGCCCUCCAGUAACUCAGCAGGAUGGGGAAGAACCUGGUUUCUGCAACCAUUUGGGCCAGAUGGGAGACUAAAGACCUGGGUUUAUGGUGUGAUGGCUGGGGCAUUUGUAUUACUCAUCUUUAUUGUCUCCAUGAUUUACUUAGCCUGCAAAAAGCCAAAGAAACCCCAAAGGAGGCAGAACAACCGACUGAAACCUUUAACCUUAGCCUAUGAUGGAGAUGCAGACAUGUGAACUUUAUUUUAGCAACAACCAGUUUCAGCUUUCAGAUUUUUCAGUAGAUAUCCAGAGACCACAAAACUUUUGAAACUGUGUGGAUUAAAGUACAUUGUAAUAUUAAGGGAAAAAAUAUAGAGUGAAAACUGCAGUACCACUGUAGAUACCAAGACAGCACUACAUACCUAGAUUCCAUCAACUCUGAGAAUUCUAGGAGAUUGAGUAGAAUGCAUGCUGCAUUCAGAGAAUUAUGUCACCUUUCCUGAAAACUAUGGACCAUUUAAUUUCAUCUCUAAAAUGCUGUGGUGGAAUUAGUCAAGAUGCCUAAUAUAAGUCUCAAUUUGCAGUGUUAACCCAUAGAAACAUUUUAGCAUGACCAGUUUUAUACCAAGAUCUCUACAACCUUAUAGUCACACUAAACAACAUGCAUAUUCAAGUAAAUGCACAGAAUUUAAAUUUUGUAAUGAGCAACUUUAAUAAUGAGUAAAAAUAAACUCAAAACUGAGCAGAAAACCCAUUGAAUGAUUUUGAUUGUCAUCUUCUUGGUGGUUGAAAGUAGCUUUUUUUGACCUGCAUUUCAGAGGCACAGAUUUUCAUAAAACUUAAUUCUUUCUCUCCAAAGUUUGAAUGCUGGACUAGUAUCUUAGAAGAGUCCUCAAGUUUCAGUAUUUUAUAGUGGUGAAUGUCUGAAAGACUAAUUUGCUUGUGUUAAUAUGUUUCUACUUACUCUAAUUUUCAAACUUGUUGCCAGCAUCUUUUUUUGCUACAUAGAAGGCACAUUUUUGCACUAUAUUAGUGCAGCAUGAUAGGCACUUAACCAGUAUUGCCAUAGAAACCGCCUCUUUUCAUAUAGGACGAAGAUAUCUGUGCUAAGAGCAUCAUGGAGACAUGUACAAGUUCUUGUAUCCUGAAGAGAGUUAAGUUUGGAUGGCAAAAUGGAAUUAGCUAUUAUAUCUGCUGUAAACACCCUUCCUCAUCACUACAGCCACUAUGGAAUUGACAACUUGAUGAUAGUUUAAGUGUUUAAAUCCUAAACUCAUCAACCCUCCAAAAUAUGGACCCCACUAGUUGGUUUUUAAUUUUAUUUUGAAGGUUGUUUAUUACUAGAUUUUUAUAUUUGUUAUCUUUGGUUAAAAAAACAAAAGAAAAGAAAAAAGGAGUUGGUUGCCCUUUUAGUUUUGAACAGAUAGAGCAAACAUUUUAUUGGUUUUUGUAACUAAAUGAAAUCAAAAUUGUGUUAAUUUUUUCUUUUUCCCCAGUUUCUUUAUUUUGAGUCAAAUGUACUUCAAAGUUUAUAUGUCUGUCUUUUUCACUGGUAAACUUUAAAUAAGUCUUUAAUAUACAAUUUUAAAAACUGGAAAAAAUCAAAGAUAAGUAAAAAUUUUAUACAGGGUCUCAUUGGCUAUCUACACCACGGUGACAUGUUCUGUCUGGGGACCAAAUAGCAAAUGUUCUCAACAAAGCCUAUGUUGCAACUUCUCAGUUCUACUUUUGUAAUAACGUAGCCAUAGAUAAUACACAGUACAUAAAAAGGAAAGUGUGUGUUUUACAAUAAUUUUUCUUAAAAAAUGUCAAUAAGUCAUAUUUGAAAAUUGUGGGGGGUUUUGACCACUGAUUCAGAAGUCUUUUCAUUAUGAAUUCUAUACUCUAUCACCUUUAAUUGUCAUUAUUUUCAUAUAUAUGAUCAGUAUUAUAUUUCAAAAGGUGGAAACAGUUAUUUCAGUAUUGAAAAUAGCUAUAUAUUUUUUUUUAUGUAACCCUUAUAGCUAUAUUUUUUACAGAAUGGAAUGUCACAGUGAAGGAAUAAGAAAGUUGGUAGAUUUAUUUGAAAAGAAAACUCAAAAGAUGUCAUUUAAAAGCAAUACGAUUUUUAGGCAAUGUUUACUAUAACAACCUUUGGAAUAAAGGAGGACAUUAGUUUUUCAGUUUUUUAAAACAUACUAUGGCAAGCUAUAUUAUCUUAAGUCUAAAUUCUUUAAGUGGUUUGAACUUCAUAUGCUAGAGUUUGAGCUCCCCCUGCUGUUCAUUAUAGCACUUGCUAUAAUUACAAAAAAGGAUUUUAUUGCCCCCCAAAUUAACAAAUUUCUACUUAUUUCAAUAAGAAUUAAAUGUUAUGUUAAUUAUCUAAUAUUCACUGUAUUUGGUAAUGUAUGUCAUUUAAAAUUAAACAAGUGGUCAUGUAGAUAGGAAUUUUACUCUAAAUUGAAUUAAAAAAAAAAAAAAAGACAAAUUCCAUUCCAUCUGUCUUAUUGAAGUGGAAAACAAAAGUAAAACUGUGAUUUCCAAUAUAAAUAUUCUCAAAUUCUUCAAGAUAAUCCUCAGAUUUAUCUUUUUGAAUAAAAUAAACUUUGUCUAGAGUGCUUUAAUCUGUUACUUAAAGAUUCAGCUGGCAAAUUAAUAAAAUAUGUACAAUAUCUGAAACUUUGAACUUGUGGAAUAAAAUAAAGUAGUCUCAUUAAGGCUAUACUUAUGCAAUUACAAAGUGUCAUUAAUUCAAAAAAUGAAUUACUAUCAUCCUACCUAUAUUGCAAAAAUUAACUGAGUAGAGAAAAACUAUAAAAUGUUCUAAAAAACAUGAUUUUGUUUAUAAAUUGGUUACAUUUAAGACAUUAUAUAUAUGAAAGUGGCUAAGUUCAGUGAGACUUAGUACUAGGGAACAUAUUGGAAGUCUGUUGUUGAAUAAAAAUGACUGGAUGGCCUCUUGUUAGAAAGGUGGAAAGAGGUAACUAUUUUUGGACAAAUGAAAGUUACUGUAUUGUAACAUGAAAAUGGCUUUGUAAAUGUUACUGGAAUUCCAUGAAACCUGAUUCCUCCUGAUCAUACUAAGAAGUCAGGCUAGGAAUAUAGUAGUAACUUAUCUAUUGACACUUUUGCCUUACCAAAAUGAUCUGUGAGUUCACAAAAAAAUAAAAAACUGUUUUUCUUUCGGUA